UUUCAAUUGCUGGGUUGCCUCUGAGGUCUGAGGAGAUUGUUGGGUUGUGCGUGUCGAAUACAUAGGUCGAAUAGUUGAAUAACAGUUUAGAUUUCAGUGUCAAAUUAUUCAAUUUUGUUAAGAAAGAAUAAGAAUUUUUUGCAAUGGCGUUAUUUCGGAUUAAUUCUUAUCGAUUUUUAGAGAAUCAAAAAAUUUCCAAACAGUUGACACAAAUACUUCGACAACUCAGCGAUUCGUCGACAGAUCUUAAAUCAAUAUUGGCAUCAAAAAUCCCAAAGGAACAAGAACGUAUCAAAAAUUUCAGGAAGCAACAUGGGAACACUAAAGUUGGUGAAGUUACCGUUGACAUGAUGUACGGUGGUAUGAGAGGUAUUAAGGGUCUCAUUUGUGAAACUUCAGUGCUAGAUGCAGAUGAAGGCAUCCGAUUUAGGGGUUACUCAAUCCCAGAAUGUCAAAAACUUUUACCAAAAGCCCCUGGAGGUUCGGAACCAUUACCAGAGGGUUUGUUUUGGCUCUUAAUAACUGGCGAUGUACCGACAGAAGCCCAGGUCAAAGCCAUAUCCAAAGAAUGGGCGAAUCGUGCAGAGUUACCAUCACACGUUGUCAGCUUGUUGAAUAAUUUACCGUCAAGUGUUCAUCCCAUGUCACAAUUGUCGGCAGCAAUCACAGUACUCAAUAGUGAGAGCAAGUUUGCCAAAGCUUAUUCCAGUGGCGUACACAAAACGAAAUAUUGGGAGACCACUUAUGAAGACAGUAUGGACCUGAUUGCUAAACUCCCUGUUGUGGCAGCUACCAUUUACAGAAACAGCUACAAAGAUGGUUCUGGAAUUGGUGCUAUUGACACUUCGAAAGACUGGAGCUACAACUUUACUCAAAUGCUAGGCUUCAACAAUCCCGAAUUCAUUGAACUUAUGCGAUUGUAUCUUACAAUUCACAGCGACCAUGAAGGUGGAAACGUUUCUGCACAUACUGUUCAUCUCGUAGGCUCAGCAUUGAGUGAUCCCUAUUUAUCCUUUGCUGCUGGAUUGAAUGGUUUAGCUGGACCUUUGCACGGACUUGCUAAUCAAGAAGUGCUUGUUUGGCUUGAAAAAAUCCGAAAACAAGUUGGAGAUGGCGCAACUGAGGAGCAACUGAAGGAGUUCAUUUGGAAAACUUUGAAAUCUGGACAGGUUGUUCCAGGUUAUGGACAUGCUGUACUUAGAAAGACCGAUCCAAGAUAUACUUGUCAACGAGAAUUUGCAUUAAAGCACUUGCCCAACGAUCCCGUAUUCCAAUUGGUGUCUAAAUUGUAUAAAGUAAUUCCCCCAAUCCUACAAGAAACUGGAAAGGUGAAGAACCCCUGGCCAAAUGUAGAUGCUCACUCUGGUGUACUUUUACAGUAUUAUGGUCUCAAAGAGAUGAACUAUUACACUGUGUUGUUCGGAGUAUCGCGAGCCCUCGGUGUUUUAGCAUCACUUGUAUGGGAUCGUGCGUUAGGUCUGCCCAUUGAAAGGCCAAAAUCCAUGUCCACCGAUGGACUUAUGAAGAGCCUGGGUGCAAAAUGAGACAGGCAGCUUGAUUUGCAACCCUUUUAAUGAAAUUGCGUACCUUGUAGAAAUUUACCCUGUAUAUACAUGAAUACGAAUGACAUUACUUCUUAAUAUCA